CGUUAUAUCAGUUCUGUUAAAUUGUAAAUGAUCCAUCAUCUGUCUACAGACUGAUGUCAGCUGAUGCAAAACAACCGAAACCGGAAGCAGCAGCGAAUCCCGAAGAGUCCCAGCUCGGUGAAAGUUAAAGUCCGUCUCGCUCCGCCUUCAGAGGAACGCUUUGAGCUCAAACACGGACCGCGAGGGAAAGAUGCUGCUCGCGUCUCUGCUGCUGGGAGCUCUGCUCAUCGCUCCUCUGCUUCUCAGGAGGUUUCUUCCGUACUUCUGGACGGAUCUCGUCUAUCACGCGGAGCUGCUGAGGAUUUUACUCAAGUUCGUGUCCCGCAGAAGAAGGCGCCCGCUGUUCUUGGCUCUGGACCGGUUUCUAGAGCAAGCGAAAACGCGGCCGAACAAGGCGUUCAUCGUGUUCGAGAACAAGCGCUACUCGUUCAGAGACGCGGACCGAGAGAGCAACCGGAUAGCGCACGCGUUGCGGGACGCGUCGGCUCUGAGCCCGGGAGACACGGCGCUUCUGUUCAUGCACAACGAGCCCGAGUUCAUCUUCUGCUGGCUCGCGCUGGCCAAGCUCGGCUGCGCAUGCGCGCUCCUCAACAGCAGCAUCCGCGCGCGGAGCCUGACCUCGAGCGUCCGGUGCUGCCGCGGCGCCACGGUCCUGAUCGCGUCCGCAGAGCUGCAGGAGGCCGUUGAGGAGGUGUAUGAAGAUCUCCAGCAGGAGGGUCUGACGAGGAUCUUCAUCACAGCUGAGGAGCUCCGAUCAUCACGUCUGAAGAGUCUGACUCGAGCGGCGCAGGAGUCUUCAGACGCUGAUGUUCCUCAGAAGCUCAGAGCGAACGUGUCCUUCACGUCUCCAGCCGUCUACAUCUACACGUCUGGAACCACAGGUCUUCCUAAAGCAGCAGUGAUCAAUCAAACGCGUCUCCUCGCUGCUCUCGCUGUGCUGGCGUCGAACGGCGUAACAGAUACUGACGUGAUUUACGUGACUCUUCCUCUCUAUCACACAGCCGGCUUCCUCGUGGGCUUCAUGGGCUCCAUAGAGACAGGCUCAACUAUAAUUCUACGGCGCAGGUUCUCUGCGUCUCGGUUCUGGGACGAGUGCCGGGCUCACGGUGUGACGGUGAUUCAGUACAUCGGAGAGGUUCUGCGCUAUCUGUGUAACACACCGCAGAGAGCAAGUGAUCAGCAGCACGGCGUGCGAUUGGCCGUCGGGAACGGGCUCCGCUCAGACGUCUGGAGAGAGUUCCUCAAGCGCUUCGGUCACAUUGAAAUCAGAGAGUUUUACGCCUCCACGGAGGGAAACGUGGGCUUCGUGAACUACGCUGGAAAGCUGGGCGCUGUCGGACGGGUCAGCUUUCUGCACAAAAAACUGUUCCCCUACGCCAUCAUUCAGUACAACACGGAGCUGGACGAGCCGCUCAGAGACUCCAGAGGCCUGUGUGUCGAGGUGCCUAAAGGCCAUACGGGGCUGUUGGUGUCCAAAAUUACAGAAAUCGCUCCUUUUGUUGGUUAUGCACAAAACGAUCAGCAAACAGAAAAGAAGAGGCUGCGCAAUGUUUUCAAGCACGGCGAUGUUUAUUUUAACAGCGGUGAUCUGAUGAAGAUUGAUCAUGACAACUUUAUCUACUUCCAGGAUCGAGUGGGAGACACAUUCAGGUGGAAAGGAGAGAAUGUGGCCACUACUGAAGUCUCUGACAUCAUCAGCAUGCUGGACUUUGUCGAAGAGGCCAAUGUUUACGGAGUUCAGGUUCCAGGUCAUGAAGGACGGAUCGGGAUGGCUGCAGUAAAACUGAAGGACGGGAAGGAGUUUGAGUGCAAGAAAGCAUUUGAGCACGUCUGCCGGUUCCUGCCCGUUUACGCUCGACCUCGUUUCAUACGCAUUCAGAGCUCGAUGGACAUCACCUCCACCUUUAAACAGCUGAAGCUGAAGCUGGUGGAGGCUGGAUUCAAUCCCAGCAUGACGUCUGACUCGCUGUACUUUCUGUGUGAACGAGAGCAGACCUACGUCUCUCUGAACGCCUCCAUCUACCGACAGAUCCUGUCUCACAGCAUCAAACUCUGACUGCUCUCCUGUGAUGAGAUCAACAAUCUUCAAAUACUAUCAUCUGUUCAAAGCCACUGAUACAGCAAACUCUUUUUUACAAACCUGAUCAGUGUCAUAUUUUGCUAAACGAGUGUAAAAAGCUGUUACAGCUGUUUUAUCUUUAGAGCUCUUUUGAUCACACUGAAUCUAUGAUUGUUGAAGAUGUUCUUUAUGCUAGUAUGCAAUGUUUGUUUUUAUCUAUUUUAUAUUUGAUUCUCACAUGAAUCUUGACUGAAAUAACAGUGUGUGGAACUGCUUGCAUUAAAGUAUUUUUUAUGAAUUAUUGUUUCAUUCAUUUCAUUUAAUAUGCUGUUAAUCGCUUUAGUUUGUAUUUGUGUAAAAUAAGUUUAG